CAAUUUAUGAAAGCAAAGUAUUGCCAGAGAGUGCAUCCAGUGGCUAAGACUUGGCAACAUGGGGAUUCUCAUAUCUGGAAGAGAAUGGUGCAGAUUAGACCUUUGAUUGAACCACAAAUCCUUUGGAAAAUUUAUGAUGGGUCUUUAAGCUUUUGGUGGGAUAAUUGGACUGGCCUUGGGUCACUUGCUGUGAUCACCAAUCAAGCACAGGGGAAAUAUUGGCUCGUUCCUUUGAAAAACUUUGUGAACAAGGCAUUGGACCUGGCUCAGCUUCAACAACUUAUGGACCCAGGUUUCUUUAUACAUUUCCAAGUGGACUUGUCUUUGUUUGGUUCUCCAUUUCCUGAUAAAGCCAUAUGGCAACCUAAAGCUACUGGAGAGUUUUCCUUGAAAGCAGUUAAACAAUUCUUAAGGCCCAGUGGUCAAACUGACAUAUAUUUACAAAAUUAUUGGCAUAAGCAUAUCCCUUUCAAGGUUUCCUUCCUUUGUUGGAGGGUUCAUCUUAGAAAGCUGCCAUUGGAUACUAUUCUAUACAGGUUUGGUCAUUCUUUCCCUUCUAAAUGCUACUGUUGUACUAAACCUGAUAGAGAAUCAACUGAACAUGUGUUUGCCCAAGGAGAUGUGGCUAGAGCUGUCUGGAAUUAUUUUUGUGACCUGUUUGGUAUGGACCAUGGCUGUACCACUAUCAAACAAUAUCUUGACAUUUGGUGGGGGUCCCGUAUUCAUUCUAAGAAGCCCACAGUUAGACAAUUAUUGAAACAGUGUAUACCUGCCUUUAUUGUUUGGGAAUUAUGGGUUCAUUAUGCUUCGCUCAAAUUUGGGGAGAAACAG